UUUUGAACCCAAUGUGGAUGAUGCUAUCAGGACUGAACCACUGAUGAGAGUCUGAAAAAUUUUCAUCUUCUCAUUGGCCAUCAGCUGAGAUAAGAUGGAAGACUCUUACAAGGAUAGGACUUCCCUGAUGAAAGGUGCCAAGGACAUUGCCAAAGAGGUGAAGAAACAAACAGUAAAAAAGGUGAACCAAGCAGUGGACCGGGCCCAGGAUGAAUACACUCAGAGAUCCUACAAUCGGUUUAAAGAUGAAGAAGAUGAUGAUGACUACUACCCACCUGGAGAAACCUAUGAUGGGAAGGCCAAUGAUGAUGAAGGCUCAAGUGAAGCUACAGAAGGUCAUGAUGAAGAUGAUGAAAUCUAUGAAGGGGAGUAUCAGGGCAUCCCCAGCAUGAACCAAGGGAAAGACAGCAUUGUGUCAGUGGGGCAGCCCAAGAGUGAUGAGUUCAAGGACCGUCGAGAGCUGGAGUCAGAAAGGAGAGCCGAUGAGGAAGAGCUAGCCCAGCAGUAUGAGCUGAUAAUCCAAGAGUGUGGUCAUGGCCGUUUUCAGUGGGCCCUUUUCUUCGUCCUGGGUAUGGCCCUUAUGGCUGAUGGUGUGGAAGUGUUUGUUGUGGGCUUCGUGUUGCCCAGUGCUGAGACUGACUUGUGUAUACCAAACUCAGGAUCCGGAUGGCUAGGCAGCAUAGUAUACCUCGGGAUGAUGGUGGGGGCAUUCUUCUGGGGAGGACUGGCAGACAAAGUGGGAAGGAAACAGUCUCUCCUGAUUUGCAUGUCUGUCAACGGAUUCUUUGCCUUCCUUUCAUCGUUUGUCCAAGGUUAUGGCUUCUUUCUCUUCUGUCGCUUACUUUCUGGAUUCGGGAUCGGAGGAGCCAUCCCCACCGUGUUCUCCUACUUUGCUGAAGUGCUGGCCCGGGAGAAGCGGGGCGAGCACCUGAGCUGGCUGUGCAUGUUCUGGAUGAUCGGUGGCAUCUAUGCCUCAGCCAUGGCCUGGGCCAUCAUCCCACACUACGGAUGGAGCUUCAGCAUGGGAUCAGCCUACCAAUUCCACAGCUGGCGUGUGUUCGUGAUCGUCUGUGCACUCCCCUGUGUCUCUGCCGUGGUGGCCCUCACAUUCAUGCCUGAAAGUCCACGGUUCUUAUUAGAGGUUGGAAAACAUGAUGAAGCUUGGAUGAUUCUGAAGUUAAUUCAUGACACAAACAUGAGAGCUCGGGGUCAGCCUGAGAAGGUCUUCACAGUAAACAGAAUCAAAACCCCAAAACAAAUAGAUGAGCUGAUUGAAAUUGAGAGUGACACAGGGACGUGGUAUAGGAGAUGUUUCGUUCGAAUCCGCACAGAAUUGUACGGAAUUUGGCUGACUUUUAUGAGAUGUUUCAACUACCCAGUCAGAGAAAAUACAAUAAAACUUACAAUUGUUUGGUUCACCCUGUCCUUUGGGUACUAUGGAUUAUCUGUUUGGUUCCCUGAUGUAAUUAAACAUCUGCAGUCGGAUGAAUAUGCAUCACAAGUUAGAAGAGUGGAGAGAGAGAAAUAUGCGAAUUUCAGUAUUAACUUUACAAUGGAAAAUCAGAUUCACACCGGUGUGGAAUACGACAAUGGCAGAUUCCUGGGGGUCAAGUUCAAAUCCGUAACUUUCAAAGAUUCCAUUUUUAAGGGCUGUACCUUUGAGGAUGUGACUUCACUCAACACCUACUUCAAGAACUGUACAUUUAUUUAUACUGUUUUUGACAACACAGAUUUUGAGUCAUAUAAAUUCAUUAACAGUGAACUUCAAAACUGUUCGUUUUACCACAACAAGACGGGGUGCCAGAUCACCUUUGAUGAUGACUAUAGUGCCUACUGGAUUUAUUUUGUCAACUUCCUGGGAACGCUGGCAGUGUUGCCAGGGAAUAUCGUGUCUGCUCUCCUAAUGGACAGGAUUGGGCGUUUAACGAUGCUAGGUGGCUCUAUGGUGCUUUCGGGGAUCAGCUGUUUCUUCCUUUGGUUCGGCACCAGUGAGUCCAUGAUGAUAGGCAUGUUGUGUCUAUAUAAUGGAUUGACCAUCUCGGCCUGGAACUCUCUUGAUGUGGUCACGGUGGAACUGUACCCCACAGACCGGAGGGCUACAGGCUUCGGCUUCUUGAAUGCUCUAUGCAAAGCAGCAGCCGUCCUUGGAAACUUGAUAUUUGGCUCCUUGGUCGGCAUCACCAAAGCAAUCCCCAUCCUGCUGGCUUCUACCGUGCUCGUGUGUGGAGGACUGGUGGGGCUGCGCCUGCCCGACACACGAACCCAGGUUCUGAUGUAAUGGGAAACAAAGCCAUCUGUCCUGUAUUUCUUCCUCCUGCCCUG